CCUGAACUGAUAUCAAGAGUCGGAUGCUUAACUGACUGAGCCACCCAGGCGCCCCAAGCAGUUUUUCUUAAUACAUGCUUGUCUUCAUGUUUCAGACUUUAACACCAAAAGGAAAAAGAAAGUGUCAGAGAUACACCAGGCUCUGAACAGUGACCCUACCGAUGUGGCUGCCCUUAGACGUAUGGCUAUCAGUGAAGGAGGGCUCCUGACUGAUGAGAUCAGGCAGAAAGUGUGGCCCAAGCUCCUCAAUGUCAACACCAGUGACCCACCUCCUAUAUCAGGGAAGAACCUACGGCAGGGAAGCAAGGACUACCAGCAAGUGCUGCUGGACGUCAGGCGGUCUUUGCGGCGGUUCCCGCCUGGCAUGCCGGAGAAACAGAGAGAGGGGCUCCAGGAAGAGCUGAUCGACAUCAUCCUCCUCAUCUUGGAGCGCAACCCUCAGCUGCACUACUAUCAGGGCUACCACGACAUCGUGGUCACGUUUCUGCUGGUGGUAGGCGAGAAGCUGACGCCGUCGCUGGUAGAAAAAUUGUCUACCCAUCACCUCAGGGAUUUCAUGGAUCCAACGAUGGACAACACCAAGCAUAUAUUAAACUAUCUGAUGCCCAUCAUUGACCAGGUGAAUCCAGAGCUCCAUGACUUCAUGCAGAGUGCCGAGGUGGGAACCAUCUUUGCCCUCAGCUGGCUCAUCACCUGGUUUGGGCAUGUCCUGUCUGACUUCAGGCACGUCGUGCGGUUAUACGACUUCUUCCUGGCCUGCCACCCGCUGAUGCCCAUUUACUUUGCAGCCGUGAUCGUGUUGUAUCGAGAGCAGGAAGUCCUGGAUUGUGACUGUGACAUGGCCUCGGUCCACCACCUGUUGUCCCAGAUCCCUCAGGACCUGCCCUAUGAGACCCUGAUCAGCAGAGCCGGAGACCUGUUUGUUCAGUUUCCCCCAUCUGAACUUGCUCGGGAGGCAUCUGCCCAACAGCAGGCCGAGAAGACGGCCGCCUCUACCUUCAAAGACUUUGAGCUGGCAUCAGCCCAGCAGAGACCUGACGCAGUGCUGCGACAGCGGUUCCGGGGACUGCUGCGACCUGAGGAGCGAACGAAAGACGUCCUGACCAAACCAAGGACCAACCGCUUCGUGAAGCUGGCGGUGAUGGGGCUGACGGUGGCACUUGGAGCGGCCGCCCUGGCUGUGGUGAAAAGUGCCCUGGAGUGGGCCCCCAAGUUCCAGCUGCAGCUGUUCCCCUAAAUGCCGGGGAGGGCGCUGCCGCCUCCAUGACGUUGAGGUCUCACCCUUCCAUGGAAGGAUUGGGAGGGGGUGGAAUUUCCUUUAUUAAAAGGGUUUCUGUCAAGGGUUUUCUAUUCCUGCCAGCCCCCGCCCUGCCUGCCCGUGGUUUGCCUUCACUUCAGAGCCCACUGGCACCUGAGAGCUGCGCUCGGAGGCCGAGCUGGGCCGCGGGCCUCCUCUCCCUCCCCGCCGCCGUCCCCCCGCGCUCCCCGCUGCUGCCUCUCGCGCCAGGGGUUUCUUGAGCUGCCCACGGCCCUGGGAACCCUCCGAGCCUGGUUACCGGGGACCUUCUUAGCUGCCCCGUAGCAAGUAAGCUGGGCCACCACGGGCCCUCCUCGCGGCGCCUCCUGUUCCGUCUGCUGCCACUGGCCCGAGGAGGAAGGAGCUGCUGCCGUGGGAGUUAGACCUUGGAACCGAGGCGAGGGACAGAGGCUGCUAGCCGGGCGCAAGAUCGGCCCCUCUCGAGAGCAGCUCCGUUAGCUGGUCAGAAAUCAGACAGACGUGAACUAGGUUACUAGGUAAAUCCUAUUUUCAGCCUAGAAAUCACUUGGGCGUUUCCAGUCAAACAGGAAGGAAUGUGAGGUUGUAGGGCCCAGAUGUAAACUGGUUUUGCCUGCCUUCUUUCUUUUUCCUCCCUGUUCUCUCCCACAAGCCACAUGAUGUUGCUUUUAAAGGACACUUUUAUUACUCUUUUUAGAAUUACAUAUACCCAACAUGUAAAGUACCCUCACUCUAAAAAUGAUAGUUCCUUCACGGGAAGAACAGUCCUCAUCAGCAAGAUGAGCUUCUAAGACCCUGAAGUUUCCUUUCUCCUCGAUUGUUGAACGUCUCACUUGAGCUAGAGCUGCUGUGUGUUUACAGCCCCACACUUCCAGAGCGCCCACGGGCCCGCUCUCCUGCCUUCCUCUUCUCCUCAGACCACUCUUCUCCUCCCAAGUAGGCACCCACUCACUCCUACCUUGGCUUCGUUGGGGGGAUUCAGUUUAUCUCCUCAGCUGUUGGUCUCUCCCUCCUGGUUGGAAAUGUCACUGGAGACUUGUCAGCAACCAGAAGGGACACACCAGCCUGAAGAGUAUGGGAGAAGCUGAGAACAGCCAGCUCCCGCCCCAAGCUUCUGGAGGACUCUCCAGGCCUUUGGGGACAAGACGGAUCAUUCAGUCCUCCUGGACUUCUUUUCCUGUAAGCAAAACCAAGUUUGUUUGAGAUUAACUCUGGCUUGAAAAAAAAGUGCCUUUUGCUGCUUUAAAGAAUUGAAGUGUAGAGUAUGAAGCAGCCAUGUACUUUCAUUUUCCUGUCUCUCGGGCACUGUUCUCUUGGCAGUUUUCUUAAAGUGAACGUGCCAGAAGUCCUGUCCCUUAGCAUACCGAGACCGCAGAGUGGGGGGCACUUAGUACGCCAGGUGGCCGGCAGGCCCAGGGCAGUGAGGGGUGUCUACGCCGAGUCACGUGAAGUGACACUAAGCACUUUAAAAACAAAAGGUUCAAGUGAUGGGUCAUUCUCUGUAGCAGGAGUCCCACUUGGGGUAAGUGUAAUGGGGAUGGAUUAAUCUAGACAGUGAUGGAGGCAUGAAGACAAAGGAAAUUCUUCCAGGACCCAGUCCCAGGCUUCUCCCCUGGCAAGCUUGUCCCUUACCGCCUUUACAGAUGCACAGCUCCCUGCCGCAGCGCUAGGGCCUGUCUGUAAAUAGUGAAGGAAGUGAUGGGCAAGAGAGACGGAGGGGCACAGGAUCAGGGUCCCAGGGCCACAGGCUUUGGAGCCCAGAAAGCAAGUGGACAGGCUUCUGUUGUAGCCUGAGGAGGGGGUUCAUUUGGUUUGUAGCUUUGCUGACAUCGGGAUUCUCCCUGCCAACGAGAAGAAAGCAUUAUCCUUUUACCUUCAGGUGGUUUACUAUUCUGUAAAGAAUAUAUGUAAAUAUUUUGUACAGAACCCUGUAUAAAAUAAACAGCCAUAUGUGGUUACUAA